AGCCUUCUUUAUCCUCCGAUUACGAGCCUUCAAGCUUCGUCUUAGAAAAGCCGCUAGAGAAGUUCAAGUCUUCACAAAAGGGAACCCCAAACUUGUUCGACAUUACGAUACCAAAGGCUUCUACACUGAAAGCAAACUUCCUCAACUCCAGCCCUUCAGAUAGACCAGGCCCAGACUCGAGCGAAUUAGCCAGUCCCCAGAAGGUGGAAGGGACUUGUAUGAUAGCGAAUCGACUUGGCAUGAAACUUUCGCCUUCUGAACAGGGAUCUCUGAAGCUAAUCAACAUGCCUAGUCCAUCUGAAACGAAUGAACCUCCUAAUUUGGCUUUAAUGCCCAAGGAAACAAUUGGAUCUUGUACAUUUCAGGCUGGUACUGAUCAGGAUAAAGAAUCUUCUGGAGAGAAGGGGAGCGUUCUUGCAUCGCGAUGUCACUCAGAAAAUCCGUUAGUUAGCUGGUCAGCUAAGCAGCCUCUUGCUGGGAUAUUUGUAGACUUUGUCCCUACGAGGCCAGCACCAAUCGUACCAGUGCCAUUGGCAGACCUCCAGCAUGCUGCAACUGGCUCCUCUCAAUUAUCUUUGGCCAAUCUC